UGCCUACAAACUGGUGUGCUAUUUCACUAGCUGGGCCCAGUUCAGGCCGACCCCGGCCUGGCUCCUGCCCAAGGACCUGGAUCCCACGCUGUGUACGCAUCUGGUGUACGCCUUCGCCUCGAUGCACCACAAUCGGAUCACCGCGCACGAGUGGAACGACGAGGCCGUCCUCUACCCCCAGCUCAACUCCCUCAAGAAGAGCAACAAGGACCUGCGCACGCUCUUGGCCAUCGGAGGCUGGAACUUUGGCAUGAGCAGGUUUUCUACGAUGGUCGCCACGCCUACAAACCGCAAAACCUUCAUCGACUCGGCCAGCGCCUUCCUGCGGCAGCAUGGCUUCGACGGCCUGGACCUCGUCUUCGAGUACCCCGGAACGAGGGGGAGCCCCCGCAGAGACAAGGGGCUCUUCACUGUCUUAAUCCAAGAAUUGCUGGAAGCUUUUGAAGCGGAAGCCCGGGCCACGGGUCGCCCUCGGCUCCUGGUCACAGCGGCCGUGUCUGCCUUCCGAAACACUAUCCAGCUCGCCUACGAAGUGGCUAGAAUCGGGGCACUCCUGGACUACAUCAGCGUCAUGACCUACGACUUCCACGGAAGCUGGAAUUCAGUCACCGGACACAACAGCCCUCUGCACGAGGGGCCCACGGACACGGGCAGGUCCAGCGACUUUAACUGCGCGUCGGCCAUGAAGCUCUGGAGGGACGGCGGGGUCCCCGCGGAGAAACUGAUCAUGGGCUUUCCCACUUACGGACGCACUUUCGACAUCGCGGGCUCUGGCCCGGGCGUGGGGGAUCCGGCCUUCGGGCCGGCCGACCCCGGCGACUACACGCAGGAGUCGGGGGUCUGGGCGUACUACGAGAUCUGUACCUUCAUCAAGGACGCGACGGUGCGGUGGGCCGAGAAGCAGAAGGUCCCCUAUGCCUACACGCAGAACCAGUGGGUCACCUUCGACAACGCGGACAGUUAUGCCUACAAAGCCCAAUUCGUGAAGGAGAACAGCUUUGGGGGGGCCAUGGUGUGGACCCUUGACAUGGACGACUUCAACGGUUCCUUCUGUGGCGAAGGUCCCUUCCCACUCGUCAGUAAGCUGAAGAACCUCCUUGAGGGCAGCAGCAAGUCCACGCAGGGAGAGCCACUUGUGCCGGCCACAUCCCCUCCGGUUUCCACUAUGGCCCGAGCCAAGGCGACCACCACGCCAACCAUCCCCACCUCCAGGACCCAGACCCUGGGCCCCUCGAUGCCCGUUCGGGGCGGCGAUGGCGGCGUGAGCCCUCGCCCUGGAGGUCCGACUCCCCCCAAAGGCAAGACCACCUCUUCCCCUGACACUCCAACUCCCGCCCUGGGCAACUCCUCUGCCACAGAGCCCACCGAAGCCACAGACCUGACUGUUCAGGGGUAGACCUUCGAGAGGAAACCCCCUCGACAGGGGCGGCGGGGAAACCCCCCAUUCUCCCCCAGGUUCAGAGUUGAGAGGGCUGGACCUCUCUGUCUUCCUGGAAUCUGGAAUUCAGAGAUAAGGAGAGAUCCACCAGUCCCACUGCCUGACAUCCUCUUUCCUGCUGAAUAAACUCAGAGC